AACUGCUCGAUGGACAAUCAUCAUCUCUCUAUUGGAACAGGGUCAGACGGAAAAUCAAAAGACAAGCGAACUCAGGAUGACGGAACGGAUGAGUAUUCUUCGCUCUCAAGGACCCAAUUGAUCGAUCAUAUCCAAUACUUGAAAUCACAACUCGAACAAACACAAACACAAAAACAAUCACAUCAAAUCGUCCAAAAUGGGAUAGAAAAAGAGCCCAACUUGUCAACAGACAUCGCAAUUCAGAAGAAGACGCAGGAAAAGAAGAACAAUGAGAAGAAGAAGAAGAAGAAGAAAGAGCUAGAUUUCGACCGACAUCCGAAGCGGAAGAUCGCCCUAAUGAUAUCUUACCAGGGCGAAUUACAUGGAGGGCUAGCCUGGCAGCCGGAUGUCACCCGACUGAGCACGGUAGAGGGGGAGUUAUUCCGGGCGUUAUUGGUUGCAAGAUUAGUCGAAGGAGCGGGGGAGUUUGAGGAGCAGGAGGAGGAGGAUUCGGAGCGAUGGCGGGGCCUGGUGGAUUUGAAUAAAUGGGGAUACUCGCGGGCCGGCCGGACGGAUGCUGGGGUCAGUGGGGCCGGCCAGGUGGUCAGCUUGUGGGUCCGGAGUCAGCUCCGCUCGGUCCCUGCGCCCUUCGGCUUCCUCCCGCCCAAGAAGACCGACUCCGAUGAUGGAUCGGAAGAGGAACCGAGAGGAGAAUCAGCGGGACCGAAGCAGGAGCAGGAGCAGGAGGAGGCAGAAGAAGAAUUGCAGUACCAUACGAUCAUCAACUCGAUCCUUCCCAACUCCGUCAGAGUCUUGGCUUGGUCGCCCGUCCACCACGACUUCGACGCCCGCUUCUCCUGCCAGGCUCGCCAUUACAAAUACUUCUUCUCGCUCUACGAAUCGCCCCAGGCGCCCGGAUUGGACAUCGAGGCCAUGAACCGGGCGGCUGAUCGACUGAUCGGCGAACACGACUUUCGCAACUUUUGCAAGAUCGACCCUUCUAAACAACUCGCCCAUUUCCGGAGGAAGAUCCUUUCCGCCGAAAUCAAGCCCGUCCUCGACCCUCAUCAUCAUCAUCUUCUUCUUCUUCAGCAGCAGCAGCUCUCCGGUCCUUCUGGAUCAUCAGAAAAACAUCCGCAUCCCCAGAUCUAUCCCGACGCUUUGGCUCCAGAAACUAAUCCGUUGUUCGUCCUAGAUCUCGUCGGCACAGCCUUUCUAUACAACAUGGUCCGCCACAUCGUCUCGGUCCUAUUUCUGAUCGGGAGUGGAAAAGAAGAGAUCAGUGUGAUCGACCGGCUCUUGUACACCGAACCUAAUGAGCAACCAUCAAUCAUAACCACCGCAUCAGAAGAAGGGCGUUCUUCUUCUUCUUCUUCUUGUAUGGUCGAGAAGGUGGAGCCGAUCGACUGUAAACCCGAGUAUCCUCAUGCUAGUGCCCUCCCAUUGCUCUUGUAUAGAUGCGUCUACCCGGAGCAUUCGUUUCGGUGGACCUCCACCCCCAUCGGGUCCGCCCGACCGCCCGCAGCCGAGCCUUUUGUGCACUGGACCGCCGCCCGGAUCCGUGCUCAACUCGCUCUCCAUCUCCUCCAUACACCUUCCCCCCCUUCCCCUCCUCCUUCUUCGACUUCGACUUCUUCGACUUCUUCGAGUUCGGUUAGGGUCUUUCAGCCCAUUGGAGCCGCACUCGGGCGCGUUUCUUCCGCCUAUAUCCCCCUCAUUCGAAGACCUAGGAAUCCUCACUUCUCACUCGUUAAUAGGCUUUGGUGGAAUAAGGUCGGCGCCCGUCGUCAUGCUAAACGUCAUCUCGUUUGAUAUUCUUCCUGUUUUUUUUCUUUUCUUUUCUU